AUGUUUCUCUAUGUCAACGAAAGUAGCUAUGCCUCAACUUCCGAGGGCGACGCCGCGAUUGUGGGCUUUUUCCAAGACUUCAGAGCACUUCAGUAUUCAGUCAUUGCUUUGCUGACACUUUACCUCUGGCACUUUGUACUGACACUCCCACAAGAGGUGCUUCUCAGCGCAGGUAGUGGCUCAAAUAACAGUGCAGAAGGAUCAUUACUCGCUAACUUAGUGCUCAGCCCAAAGUCCAUUUUGCCUCCGGAACUUGGGUUGUGUUCAUACAACCUGUAUCGUGGAUUCCCAUACCUGUCCAGCAUAUCUAUCAUGGUCAUUGACUUUGUAAUUUUGAUGUUAUUUACCGCGAAAACGGUCCACUAUCACUGGAAGGCAGUUGAUAGGGCAUGGAGCGUAUUCCUUGGUUUGAUGCUCACGUUGACUAAACCUGAGGUCGAGCCUGUCAUAGGCGGAUUCUGGUUCACUCUCGUUCCCAUGGCUAUCAGUUAUCUUAUUCUCGGCAUGCGGGAGACAACUUUGAACUCCUGCUACUACGGAAGCGAGACAUUGAUGACUACUGUGUCCACUUACUUUGGUCUUACAUUUUUUGACGUGAAAUUUCGACCCUAUGCUGCUGGGUUAUCUAUUCACUGGGCCUGUGACUUGAUAAACGUUCUGGUGAAUAAGGCUCACCUUGAUGGAGCGGCCGAAGGCGUUGAAAGCGAAGCUGUGCUUGACGAUGCAGCAUCGGCCGAAGGCGAGACACACCUCUACAGAUCGACGUACAUCGUCACAUUGGCUGUCCUUGGCAUGUUCGAUGCAUUUUCCGUGAAGAGGUGCGGACCUUUACGAACCCGACAGAAGGACACGUACGCGUGUAGGAGGGUGCAACCAAGUAACAACGCCGACAUGACUGUUCCGGCCGCAGCAGGAGCAACGAUCGGUGCGGGAUCGAGGAGCGGGUAUGGAAUACCAGCGAAAAGCCUCUCUAUGGAAGCUGAGACUACCCUUGUUGAGCACCUUUCAAUGCGGACAUUGAAAGAUAUGAGAAGAAUAGCCCUGUGGCCGCCUCGUUUGCAUCUAGCUCAACUUGUUAGACUGUUGUCUUUGCCACACGAUCAUGGGUUACUGAAUCAACAACACAGCUCACAGAGCUGGUGCGGGCGAGAGAGGGGGAAGCAGAUACGAUGGAUAGCGCAGGAUGUUCGGCAACCAUCGCAACUGCACCCCGAAGCCUCGAAGGGCGAAUGA